GGCAGGACAGAAGCAGCAUGGCUUCAACAACACGGAGAAGAUGCACAUCCGGAGCUAAGCAAGGUAUCUAUGUACCUACGGGAAAGUCGGCGUAAACUAGUAGCAAUCCCGAGUACUUUUGCGGGGGUCUAAUGUUGAUAUUUGUCAGGGUUUUAUGACAGCCAUGUCUGAAUAGUAACACUGGACUGGUGAUCUCGAAUCCACACCUACUUCGGUACCUUUGUCAAGCUUCGUCCAAACAGCCUUAACAUCCCAGCAGACGAGAUGAUUUCAUCUGUUGGUAUCUGUUGGUAACAAUCUCCAACCUGCAGGUUGUGGUGGCUUCUCUGGCUUCCUACUGGAGGCGCUUCGCUUCGCUCAUUCACCAUUCGUCCCUUGACAAUGGAUCACCAAUCAGCAUUACAAGAAUUGCCAGUAAGAUAGAUACUGCUUUGUAGACGUUUCCCUUUAUGCCCUACAGCAUGUACCCUCAGAGCUCUUGGAACGCUACAAGCUUCGCUGCUACCCUAGUCGGCUGCGCCGGUAAAUAUCCUAUAUAUCACCCACCGCCUCUCGUGCUCUCUCUUUUUUCCUCAACCGCAAAGUAUCCAUCACGAUACAUACAAAAAGAGCGCGUUUUCUUUUCCCACAACAAUCUCGAGGUCGCUUUCGCAUCAAUUUGCUCAAAAACAGACUCAAUUGAGAGGAAAAAUAGAAAAACAGUUCGACACUCUCACCUUCAUAUUCUUGAGCAGCAUCACAAUGGCAGCCACAACAGCAACAGAGCCUUCGGUCAACAAGGAAUACGACGCUGACCACACAGCUGUUCACGACCACGCGCCAACUAAUGGAACUCAACGAGGAUAUGGUGCUUAUGGUGGAAACCCUCUUGCGCAUAUAAACACCGGAGAUUCCGCUCGUUUACCAGCAUUUGGAGGAGACUUUCAACCCGGUCUCUAUAGACCAGACCCCCACCGAAAAUUCGCAAACCCCGCGCCAUUGGGAUUGGCCGCUUUCGCGCUCACCACUUUCGUGCUCUCACUAAUCAACAUUCAAGUUCGCGACGUGACGGAGGCAAAUAUCGCUGUUGCUUUGGCUUAUGGAUAUGGUGGACUUGUUCAAUUGCUUGCUGGGAUGUGGUAAGUCAAAUUCACCUUGAUUCUUUUGUUUUUAUACAAACCAGUACUGACCAAUCAUCCCAGGGAAAUGGCAGUAGGAAACACUUUUGGUGCCACAGCUCUCUCAUCAUACGGUGGAUUCUGGCUCUCCUACGCAAUCAUCUCAACCCCAGGAGGAUUCGGUAUUGCUGCAGCAUAUAGCGGUGCCGGAAAAGGCGUCAAUGAUUUAAACAACGCGCUAGGAUACUUCCUCAUCGGCUGGUUCAUCUUCACGUUCAUCCUCGUGCUUUGCACGCUCAAAUCGACCGUAGCAUUCUUCAUGCUCUUCUUCACUCUCGAUCUCGCAUUCCUAUUCCUUGCUAUUGGGCAUCUGGAAGCCGACGCGACCGGAAAGGUCUACUUGAACUCACAGAAGGCCGGUGGUUAUUUUGGGUUAUUUGCAGCGUUCUUGGCGUGGUAUAAUGCGUUGGCUGGUAUUGCCGAUUCUUCGUAAGUUUUUCUCUUCCUGAUUCACUCUCCGUUGUUCGCUUCGCUUUUAGGUUGUAGAAGAAAGUUUUCUUUCUUGGACACUCAGCUGACAAUUUCCGUAGCAACUCAUUCUUCAUCAUUCCCGUGGCACAUUUCCCUUGGUCUGCCAAGGGCCGUGAGCUAAGAGCUGCCAGUGCCAACAAGACCAAGAGCGAACGGGACAUCGUCUAAAUCUAUAAAAAGAAGUCGCAUUUGCUUGAUUUUGAAUUUGCUAUUUUUGCGUUAAUUACACAAGCUCUGUUUCGAGGGGAGGGUAGGAUGGAAAAGUAUACUUGAGAUACAAUGGUGUCACGUAGGACCUAGGGUUGUAUAGUGAGUUUGGUGACGGUCAGCACGUAAUUUUCGGUUGGUAGAUAAGGCAAAGGAGUGGAUAACGGUACGCUCGAAUAUUUUGGGACUUACACAUUUAUUAAUUUGAUGGACAUGAGAUUUAUGGUUGGUUGAACGAUGGUGUUUAGUUUGAAAAGCUUACCUUAGUUACAAAUGCAAUCAAGGCGAUGAGAUUG